AGGAGGCCGCUUUGUGUGCCUCGCAGAUGCGGAGUAAACGGACGUUGGAGCAAACACACGCUCACACACACACAGACCAUAACCCUGACACAACUCUGCUGUCUUUUCUCCUCUGAGGAAACUAAACGAGACUUCUGGCAACUUACUGCUCGCAGUUUUGCUUCGUGUUUACGGAAAGUUGARAGGAAUACUGCCUUGAACUUUUUGUACGCCUGGAAGCUGAAGGAGAAAGAUUCCUUCAACUGAGCUGAACUGAAGGAACAGGAUGGCUUCAAAUUCUAAACGCCUGGAAUUACACUUGCUUUGAUAACCUCCCACAAAUCUCAAGGAACUUUAAAAAGAACUGAAAGCCUAGUUACUGAUUUGGAUCACAACUGAAAGACUGCCAUCAUGCCUAUUCUCAAGCAGCUAACGGGCAACUCCAACCAGUCGAAGAGGAGGUCAAGGGCUGACCUGACAGCUGAAAUGAUCAGCGCUCCUUUGGGGGACUUCCGUCACACCAUGCACGUGGGUCGAGGCGGGGACGCCUUUGGAGACACUUCAUUUCUCAGCUCCCGAUCAGGGGAACCUCCAAGGGAGUCCAACACAAAGGAGGACUCACCAGGUCCCAAACCAGGGCUGCUGUCCCGCACCUUCAGAAGCAGCAAGCGGUCCCAAUCUGUUAACAGAGUGGACAAGUAUGAGACCCCCACACUACCUUCUGCUGCCACAUCGCUGCCUUACCUGAACGCCAAGAGUUCAAACAUGGGCAAMCAACUGCCAAAAAGUGUCUCCUCCAGUCCUAUGAAGACGCUGGUGGAAAGUAAGCCGAUGAACGGAGGGGCGGCUAUGGCCACAGUGGACGCUGAGCUUGACGAACGAAACUUUGGUGAACUUAAAGACCUGCCUCCGUCCAUGCCGAAAGGAGGUGGGAUGAAAAAAGCAGAAUCCGUAAUGUCCUUUCACAUCGACUUGGGCCCUUCAAUGCUCGGGGAUAUCCUCAGCGUGAUGGAGAAGAAAAACUGGGAAGAGGACGACCUUGGCUUUGAGGAAGGCAAAGGUAGUGAGGAGCAUGCAUCGCCAUCCCACAUCCCUCACAUCGACGAUGAUGACGCAGAGGAGUGGGCACCUUCGAGACCACCUCGCAGUAAUUUUCAGCUCCAGCAAAAGGUCACGGCGGAUCCCUACGAUCCGGAGAUCAGCGAAUCAGAAAGGAACAACCACCACACGGACAGCUGCUCUGUGUCCAGCUCUGGUUCGGAAAAACCUCAGUACAACCUCCAUGACGGCGACACAAACAUUGUGAAGUACAGUUCGCCACACAGGGAUGAUGAUUUCGACUUCAUGGAUCAGGAGGAUGAUGAGAUUAGAGUCUAGAUUGAGCAAGAAGUCUGUGCCACGCAGAAGAAACCGGAAUUUAGGAGACACCAUAGGAGGGGAUUACAGUCAGAGUCGAGAAGGUUUUUACUAACUGUAGAUCAGUCUAAUGUUAGAUCAGUUUUAUCAACACUAUAAAUAAAACCCAUUAAGUCUUUUUUUACUUCAUAGCAAGAAGACUGACAGCUAUUUUAUUUUUUAUGUUUGGAUCGGUUGAUGCUAUUUUUUACCAGAUGUCAACUCAGAGUACAUUAUUUUUCACAAGUUUUAAAUGAUAAAGGCAAAGAUAAAUCAGCCGGGAAAAUCACCCAUUUUAAAAGGAAGUAAAAGGUGGCAGCAAGAUUAGAGAGCGGACUGUGUGGAUGUGUUGUCAGUUCCAGUGAAUGUGGAGGUAAAGAAGAAGAAAUGAAACUGAUAGGUUUGUAAUCCCAGCGGUUUGAAGGUGUAGACACUACAGAGAUAGAGUUAUUACUUUUGCUCAUGUCUGAGUUUGCUUUUCUUAAAUCAUUUUGUGUACAGAUACUAUAAGGAUGUCAGUUAAGCAUAGCCUCUUACGUCUGAGGUGGGUCUAUUAUAUUUGCCUCCUUCCUAAAUUGAUCUGUCAGCUGUAAAAUAUUUUUUAAAUUGUUUUUGUAAGGGAUUGAUUUGAGAAGCAAAUGUGAACUUCGGAGUUUUAAAGGUUUUUGAUGUAUUUGGUAGGGGGACUAUUUUAUGGUACUAUACUGUGAUCAAUCUCAAUGACGCUAAGUACUAAACUCAAGACACCGGAUUUUGUAUGCUGCAUCACUUCUGAAAGCAAAAUGCCUUCUCGCACAUCAGUUGGACUCUGUCAGCACAAGGAAGACACCUCAUCAAUUUCUGUGCACUCUCACGAAACUGACACUCAGAAUCGCUGUGCAACUUGGGGCUUCUGUAAAUUUUAGAGGUUUUUGUGUAUGUAUUCUCUUUUCUUUUAAAUAUGCAGGAAUGGUGGAUUGUUUUUGAAGAUGCGUGAAUGUAUUUGUCUUCAUUAAAGGACGAUGGUACAUUGGCUCUCAAAAGCCUACACCCCUUUUAYAAUGCCAAGUUUUUGUAAUCUUGAUAGAUGAUCUCAAAACUUUUUCCACAUACAAUGUGGCAUUUUUCCUCUGUAAAAAAAAACAUUAAAAAUUGAAAUAGCCAAUGGAUUGAAAUGCUUUGCUUUAUAAUUUUCAACCAAGUUAUGGUUAAAAUUCGUAUUUAUCCUGUCAUAAAUUGCCUGAUUUCCCAAUAUACAUGAAUUUAUUUGAUUUCUAUUUGAGCACCUUUUGAUUCAAUGUCUGCAUUUAGUCAAGGCUUUAGUUCAAACCUUUUUAGUAUUAAUUAUUUUAUUUUCAUUUUUAAAAAAACCGUCAACCUUCUGGGAAAACAUUUUAUGUUAUACUUAAACAAAACUAAUUGUCCACUCAGAUAUAUUUUCCAUAGUUGGGAUUACAGGGAUUUUUUUUUUUUUAUCUGUGUAGAUGAAUUUAUGAAUGGUCAGUAUUGACCCAUAGCCUGCUAGAAAGCUGGAGAUAAGGAGGGAUUACAUUUUUCAGCAUCACAGUCUAAGCAUACAUCCAAAAAAAACAAAAUGGUGGCUUUGCAAGAAGAAAAAUAAUGUUUUGAAAUGGUUUUGAGAUCAGAAUUAAAUCUCCAGGAAGGCACCACCUGUGGACAAAUAAUAUCACCCCAAUCUGGUGGAUUUGGACAAAUUGUACAAAAUUAAGUUGCCAAGCAUUUUCCAUUCAAGGUGCAUGAUCUACCAAACAUGACUGGAUGUCGAAACUAAAUCAAAAACUUCUUCAGCACAGUGUUGGUUUUCAGAUUGUACACAUUUUUGGAGCCAGGCUAUUGCACCUUGUCACGCUUUUUCUCUAUGAUCUGAUUUUUGUUUGCAUAUAUGCAGGAUGAACUUUUGGCUAUAUGUGGAAAAAGUUUUAAGUCGUCCGUCAAGGUGAACUUGUCUUACAUUCCAUGUACUGGCAUUUUAAUGGUGGGGUAGAGGGGGCUUUUGAGAGGAGCUGAAAUAUUAGGAGGUCAGUGGCUGCGAUUUCUACARCCUGUGGCUUGUUUGUGAAAGCAGAAAGGGGACCGAAAAGUAAAUACAGUGUUUAAGCACAGGUGGUUAACUGAAAGUCUUUUGCUAGGUCUCCAAGCACUGAGAGGAGAACAUAUCUGCUGAACUGACCCCCACCCCCAAAAAGAAGACGCUGACUUUCUCAAAUCACACGGUAGUAGUUUAACCGGUCCGAUUUGUCUGCCCUCUUUAUAAGUUGGAACUACUCCAGCAACAGACAGGUAGACAUUUUUUUUUUUAUCUUGAGCUUUUUAUGUCAGGGUCUGCUGUACACUACAGCCAUACAUUUCCUUUUAAUACACCUGGGAGAAAUGUGACCCUUUAAAAAAAAAAAAAAAAAAUCUAAUUCUGCGUUAGAAAACUAAUUGCCACCUUUGACAAACAGGAGCUUUGAAUGUUCUGAUGUGGAACGGAUGCAGGUGUGCGUACAGAGGGUCGGGACGCUGUGCCAUUCCGCCCCGAGUUGUUCCAAGAGUUGGAACAAACGUGCUUCCAGAAGCCUCCGACUUUAAAGUUACCUGCAGGAAAUUUCCAAGUGCGUUCAAGGCUCGACUUCCGUAAGGUGUUUGAAUUUGAUAAAGACACUAAAAACCUCCCCACCGGAUUGGCUCAUAAUUGGCUCCGUAAAUCAAAUCUGUCAGGAAUGUGUUUGGUUUUGUCGGAGACGUGUCACUUAGAACGUCUCCUCCACAAAAUGUGCAAUCCUCCCUGUGCCGUGUUGAAUUCCCACAGAGGUAUCACAAUGCAGAGGGAACCAUUUUCUUCCAAAAAUUAUUACAACUGCUAUCUUAACCUCGCCGGUGUAGUUCAUAAAGACAGUUUUAGACAAACCGGUGAUGUUUGUGAAACGUUUGUGCUAGGAAGCGAGCAGAGUGUAGAAAAGGUGACUUCAGAUCCAGUUUUUGGCAUAUUCAGUAUCAUGAAGCUUGUCUUACCUGGGUCUGUCGCCGUGGUAACUAGCUUGGUUGUGCUUCCAGAUUAGAGAUCAACACCGUCAAAGCACCGCCUCGCAAACGAUCAGUACACUGAAGAAAAAUGGGGAAAAGCCGGGUGUUGAUUGAACAGCCUCUCCUCUUAACACGCUUCCAUCAUUUCUUCUCCCAAAUAUGUUUCAGACGUAUCGCUGCCAAAUUCUGAUAGAUAAUGGUUACUGUGGUUUGUUUUCGACUGAUGGCAAUUAGAAACUGCUAUUCGCUUGGUGGUACUUUGCCAGAGAAAAACAAAAAUGACCGAUUUUAACAGUGGAACAAAAAUUUCUAAUUAUUUUUGAUUUUGCAGAUUAGUAUCAAUUUGUGGACUAUUUGUGAUAUCUUUCUGAUGAUUAAAUGUGAAAUCUGUGCUUUUGUGAGAUGAAGUACUUUCCCCCCCCCCCUCAUUUUUAUCAUAAAGAAUCCUACUUUUUAUUUUAAAAGAGCAGCAGAAACACUCCUCCACUGUUGUUGCUGUCAAGAUUUGUAAUUAGUGCCAUUAAUAAUUCCAGAGAACGAUCUUUGAAAUCAGCAGUGUGACCGACUGUUAUAAUAAAGAGGGAGCCAGAGGAAUGUUGGCGGCUUUAAGGCUAAAUGGAAAGUUUGUGGUGAAGAUUAUUCUUGCAAGGUUUGAACUGUUGGCGUUAUGAAUAAUCGCAGAAUUAUGAAAUUUUACUAAAUUGCACUGAAAAUGCUUCUUGUUUUUGUGUAUUUGUUGUGUCUCUCUCUUGAGAGGAAACUCCAAAGUAAACCAGAACAAAUUAUGUUAAAAAUUUGCAAAUACUGCCUGCCUUAGGUCUGCUUAAGUUCUCCACUCCCUGACAGUGUUUUUGAGGCUUAAGAAAAAGAUAAGGACAGCAAAAGAAAUUCAGCAAACUGGCUCAAAGCUCAUCUUUAGAAGGCGUUGUUUUUUUUCCCCCCUACUCUGUGGCUUUGUUAUGCCAAGUAUGUACUGUUUUUAUUCCUCUUCCCAAUUCUGAUUUCACUUCAUAUUAAUAUAUUCACCUCCCUAACUUUCCUUUCUUUGAAAUAACAGCUAUAUUUUUCAAUAAAAGAGAAAGCUGGUAAUCUUCAACAAA